AUGUCGUGCUCUUUGGAUGCUGCAGACGGUGCUCUUCGGACCGGAAUCGCCCCUGCCGACGUUUUUAUACUGUCUCGGCUGAACGACACGACAUCUUACUUCUUCACGUGGUUCUGCAAGAAGUACCGAAUCCAAAUUGGCCCCCCACGUGGACUCGGAGGCAAGGAAGAAAAAACCAGAUGCCCUAUAUGUUUAGACUCGUGCACGAAGUCCAUCGAGCUCCAGUGUGGACAUUCUUUCUGUCGCUCGUGCCUCAUUCAGUCGGCCGCGAACAACAUGACCUCAUGCGCCCUCUGCCGACGGGAGCAGGAGAUCGACCCAGAGCAACUCCGCGCCCGAUUCGAUGAGCAACGAAUGCUGAACCUCGCUCAGCGCCUGGCGAUCCCGCCGCCGCCGGUGCGCUCGCGCCCUACCGCAACAGGCGCCGCCAUGUCCGCCAGCGAAGGGGCAUGCGAAGAAAAGGAGGUGCGGGUCAGAGUGGGGGUUGUCCCAACCUCAACGACGCAGCGUGAAGUGCUUUUUGGUCUGGGAGGAGACGUAGGAGCGAUGUCAUCCGACGAUCUUCGCCGUCGAUGGAGCUGCGGUGUGCAAACGGCAAGUUCAACCGCUGGAGCAGCAUCGUCUUCCGAGCUUCGUUCUUCGUGGCGGGAAUCGCACGACAGAUCGCGCUCUCCCAUGCCCAUCCACAGUGAGGGCGACCUUUUCGGCACUUCUUGUCAGGUGUUGCACGGAGCUGAUAGCCUCAGCUGCUCCGGCCACGCCGAUAUUGGCAGUCAUUUUACAGGUGCCAGCCCGCGCAGGAGCCCUGACUCGCAAUGCGCCGGAGGGGGCCGGGUGAACUCAAUGUGUCUUGAACGGCACAGCUCGCUCAGGAUCCCGCCUAGCAAUUUUGGAAUUGAUGCAUCCGCAUCUGCUUUGCCAGCUCGUGGGGAAAAUACGACACCGUUUGAAACAAGCGAUGUCGGCGGCUUGGACGCGGCCUGUCUCCGGAAACGCCGGCACGAGGCGAUGGAGUUCGGCGACGUGGGAGACAUGCCGGUGAGCGAGCUCGCUGGAAGGCUGACUCUAGCAACCGAUCUGCGGACGUGCAGCGAGGAUGUGACGCCAUUUGAAACAAGCGACGUCGGUGGCUCAGAUGCAGCCUGCCUCGGGAAGCGCUGGCACGAGGCGAUGGAGAUCGGCGACGUGGGAGACCAACGUGUCAACGAGCUCACUGGAAGGCUCACUCUGGCAGCCGAUUUGCUAGCCCGUGGGGAGAAAACGACACCGUUUGAAACGAGCGAUGUCGGCGGCUUGGACGCAGGCUGUCUCCGGAAACGCUGGCACGAGGCCAUGGAGGCCGGCGACGUGGGAGACAUGCCGGUCAGCGAGCUCGCGAGGAAGCUGGCUGUGGCAACCGGUUUGCCAACGUGCACUGAGGAUGCGUUGUCAUUGGGAAGGAGCGAUGUCGGGAGCUUGGGCGUGGCCUGUCUCCGGAAGCUCUGGCUCGAGGCGAUGGAGUUCGGUGAUGUGGGAGACAUGCCAGUCGGCGAGCUCGCAGCAAGGCUGGCUCUGGCAACAGAUUCGCCAAGGUGCAGAGAGGAUGGGACGUUUGAAACGAGUGAUGUCGGCGGCUUGGACGUGGCCUGUCUCCGGAAACGCUGGCACGAGGCGGUGGAGUACGGGGACGUGGGAGACAUGCCGGUGGGCGAGCUCGCUGGAAGGCUGACUCUGGCAACAGAUUCGCCAAGGUGCGGAGAGGAUGGGACGUUUGAAACGAGUGAUGUCGGCGGCUUGGACGUGGCCUGUCUUCGGAAACGCUGGCACGAGGCGGUGGAGUACGGGGACGUGGGAGACAUGCCGGUGAGCGAGCUCGCUGGAAGGCUGACUCUGGCAACCGAUCUGCCAACAUGCAGCGAGGAUGCGUUGUCAUUCGGAAAGAGCGAUGUGGGCGGCUUGGACUCGGCCUGUCUCCGGAAACGCUGGCACGAGGAGAUGGAGUUCAGCGACGUGGGAGACAUGCCGGUGAGCGAGCUCGCUGGAAGGCUGACUCUGGCAACCGAUCUGCCAACGUGGAGCGAGGAUGCGUUGUCAUUCGGAAAGAGCGAUGUGGGCGGCUUGGACGCGGCCUGUCUUCGGAAACGCUGGCACGAGGCGAUGGAGUUCAGCGACGUGGGAGACAUGCCAAUCUGCGAGAUUGCGCCAAGGCUGACUCUGGCAACCGGUCGCCAAGGUGUGGGGGGUAUGCCAAGCGUGCAACUCGAAGAGCGCUGGCAGCUGCAGGAGGCCAAACUGCUCAGGGAGUCUGGAUGUUCUCAAGCGAACAGGAAGCCGCUCCUCUCGAAGAUGGGAGCACGUACUGCACGGGGCUGCACGGUGGAAGAUCUGGAUGUAACGUCGAAUUGCUGUAUCCUGCAAGGGCAAGCUGUUAGAGCGGCAACUUCGAGCGCGGGCGGUCACGGAUCGGCCCCAGUCGGGUAGUUCCGAGGUUCCCACUGUUCGGCCAUUCGAGAACGCUUGCAUACCGGAGGCUGUCCUUGUACCUGGUGUAGGCGUAGGAAUUUUUUAGUCAGUUGUGAUUAAUUGUCGCGUGGAGUGGCUAUGGAAGUAGGUGGGUUAUCCGUAAGUGGGUUUACCAUCCAUUUGUUCCUUCAGCAUUUGCAUGUCUCAAAGUUGCGUGUUGACAGCGACGUAUUUUGCGUUUUGCCUGUGCUUGGUUAUGUGUGUAACGGUCUCCUUGGUGUUGCCGUGGCUGUGAAUAUCCUCCGUGUAAGUUUCUUGUGUGUUAUGCACUCAGAGCAGUCAUAUGCAGCUCGGCGCAGCACGGUUGGUUGUGAGCACAGAAAAUGCUCUCUGAAGGUGCAUGGUGUAGCAGUGUGCCUGUAGCAUGUGCUGUUGGUUUGUUGUGUAGCGUUGUCCCAAGCCCCGAGUCUGUGCGCUACGUACCAUCACUAUAGGUAGGUGAUUUGAUGAACAGUUUCGAAAUGGUUGCAUGCGUACCGAAUGCAUAAUAUUAGAUGACG